AUGUCCGUCAACCCAGCACCAUCGCUGCAACUUGCAGACUACCUCGAGAAGCUGCCUGGAACGACCUUCCGGAAAUUGUACCAGCAGCCCUCGACGGCGUUUGCCAUCUUUCGGCGCAUGUUGCCGCAUCUAGUCAUGCGCAUCCUGUACAUGCCCAAGCCGAUGCUUCUCAGCGACCUCGACCUGUGGAUUAAGCCAGACGCAAAGAGACAACGAGACAAUGCGAUUGCGACGCUGAAGGGACUCCACAUUAUCCAAAUCUCCAUGCCGUCCAAAGAUAAGCCCCAAGAGAUGCAACUCACGGCCAACUUCAAAAACUCGCUCCGACUAGCUCUCACCGGUGGCGGCGAACACAACUCAUUCGGCGUGCCCUCGACGCUGGCCGUCCCGCCAGAAAUUGACCUUCCCUUCCUCGAUCGCUACGCCCGCAAGAAAUGGGACGACAUCUUGCACUUUGUAGUUUCCAGCGUCGGCUACAAGAGCGCCGGGGACGUGACAGGCCCAAACAAGAGCGUUAAAGAGCUGCUCGUGGCAGGCCGACUCGUCGACAGACGCCCAAACGGGAGCAUAGGAAUCACACAGGCUGGCUUCACCUUCUUACUCCAAGAGCCCAACGCCCAGGUCUGGACCAUGCUGCUCCUGUGGCUCGAGGCCAGCGAAAUUAACAAAGCCGCUGGCCUCGAAACCGUCGACAUGCUCUCCUUCCUCUUCGUCCUGGCCAGCCUGGAACUCGGCCGCGCGUACGACACAAACGCCCUCACCGAGCAGCGAAAGAACAUGCUCCCCUCCCUCCUGGACUUUGGCCUCAUCUACAUCCCCCAACACAAACGAUCCAUGUUCUUCCCAACACGACUCGCUACCACGCUCACCAGCGGUGGGAGUAGCCUGCGCACUAUUAGCGAGGGCGUUGCUGCCGCUACUGCCGCCGCCCUCGGCCCAUCUCCCCAAUCAGCUGGCCCUCUCGGCUCAUCAGGCGACCAAAAAGGUAGCGUCAUUGUCGAGACCAACUACCGCAUCUACGCAUACACCCAGUCGACGCUGCAAAUCGCCGUCCUCGCCCUGUUUUGCAAGCUCAACAUGCGGUUCCCAGACAUGGUUGCCGGAAGGGUAACCCGCACAUCCAUCCGGCAAGCAAUCAACUUUGGCAUCACAGCCGACCAGAUUAUAUCCUAUCUCGCCGCUCACUCACACGAACAAAUGCACCGGAGUGCUGCUCUUGCCAAUAAGCCCAUCUUGCCGCCAACUGUCGUCGAUCAAAUUCGCCUGUGGCAGCUGGAGAACGAGCGCAUGAAGACGACGGGUGGAUUUCUGUUUCGUGACUUUGAAGACCACAAGGAAUUUCUGGAUACUGCAAGGUUUGCAGAGGAGAUUGGCGUUUUGGUCUGGCGGAGCGACAAGUCGGGCAUGUUUUUUGCCAACAAAUACGAGCAGAUCAGGGACUACUUGAAGAGCAGGAAGCGUAUCGAAUAG